GUGGUGUGUUUUUGGCUCUAUUUUUCAGAUCUGCAGAGUUUGUGUUCAGAGCUGUGAGAUCCAGCAGGAAGAAGAGACUCCGGCCUGAAACUCCACCAUGUUGGGUCAGAGAUCGUUGUUAGCGGCUCUGCUCGCUGUCGCUGCCGGAGUUUAUUUGCUGCCGUCUCCCAUCGACCCCAAACCACACGUACUGAAGGGGCCUCCUCCGGCCCUCGAGGGCCCGCUGGCUGUGAACACCCGGCUGCAGAAGGGCCGCAGGCUGUUCACUGGGAAACUACACGGACCAGAAUCCUUCACUGCUGAUGAAGAGGGAAACGUGUACACGGGGACAGUGGACGGGAAGCUGUGGAGGAUCCGUCCUGAUGACAGUCUCGCCCUCGUCACUCACAUGGGACAGAACUUACCAGAAUGUGGCAGCAGCACAGACUACGAGCCCGUCUGCGGUCGUCCUCACGGCGUUCGUCUGGAUCGUCACGGUCAGCUGAUCGUUGCUGACGCGUACUUCGGGCUGCACAGCGUCGACCCCGAAACUGGAGAGAAGACUCUGCUGCUUUCUAACUCUCGGGGUGCUGAUGGCGUCCCCUUCGCCUUCCUUAACGGGCUGGAGAUUUCCUCCCAAACUGGGAUCAUUUAUUUCACCGACUCCUCCAGCCGCUGGGGACGCAGACACGUCAAACUGGAGGUGAUUGAGCUGAACAGCCUCGGUCGUCUUCUGUCCUUCGAUCCAGAGACAGGAAGUGUCAAAGUCCUGCUGGACUCCCUCUACAUGCCCAACGGCAUCGCGCUGUCGCCUGAUGAACACUUCCUGUUGCUGGCGGAGACGAGCAUCGGACGCAUAAUAAAAUUUUGGCUGAAGGGUCCGAAGGCCGGCACCAAGGAGAUCCUCAUGGACAACAUGAUCGGUUACCCCGACAACAUUCGCCGUAGCGACCACGGAACAUUCCUGGUCGGCAUAACAACGACUCGCUUUCGGAAGGUCAUGCCUCCCUUCCUGGACAUGAUCGCUCCGUACCCGGCCGUCAAACGCUUCCUGGCAAAGGUGAUUCCUCUGAGCUGGUACAACGUCCUGCUGCCGCGCUACGCUCUGGUCCUGGAGCUGGGGCCGGACGGCGACAUCGUGGGAACGCUGCACGACCCCGAGGGCCGCCUGACGUGGGCCAUCAGCGACGUGUUCCAGCACCGAGGGAGGACGUACCUGGGCAGCACCGACCUGCCGUUCCUGCCCGUCCUGGAGAGCUGAACGUAGGCUUAUUCUUUUUAAUUUUUGGACAGUUUGUGAUGGAGCACCUGUUGGCGGUGCGCCUGGAUUUCACGUAUUUAAGAUUUUUAGUGGACGGUCGCCUCCGGAGGGACGUGUGGAUGUUGCACAUAAUUAAACCUGGAUGUCGUGAUUUCGGGUCAGUCGGUUCAGCUCAAACGAAGUGAUGUUUGAUGGAUAAAAACUGGCGUCCUUGUUUUUUUUGUGUCAGAGAAACGUUGAGCUAAAACCACAUUAUGCCCCCAAAAUCCUGAACAGUUCCAUGUUUCAUUGCACUGGACGUCUGCAGACGAGCAGCCGAAGACGAAACACUGAGUCCAUCACCUUUAAUCCCACUGGAAUAAAACUUCAGUAGAGACACUUUAAUUUAGCAUUUUUCAACGACUUUCUAGAGUUUUCUAAUAGUUAAUUUUGUAAGCGACAUUAUUUUGACAUUAUGUCAAAAUUGACUAAUUUUCUCUCUGAGGAACUUUAAAUUAACCCUGAAAAUUAGAAUUUCCAAUUUACUGAAAACUGUGAGAAUGUGUUCUGGUAAUACAAUACUGGAAAAUUAGGUUUUAAAAUAAAUAAUUCGAGACGACAGAAUCCUGAAUUUGUUGCAAACAGCUGAAACAAUCGAUUCAUUAGUCGUUUUGUUCAUUAACUAUUCAGUUAACAUUUUAUCUGUGAGAAUUUUCUGCUUUUCUCUGAUCCAUAUAUCAACCAGCAAACAGUUCUGAUGUCUGACAGAAAACUUGGAAAAGGCAACUUUGUGAGAAAUGGUCAGCAAAUUUCAAGAAAUUAGUAAAAGAAAAAAAUAUUUUAAAAAAAUCAAAGAAAAAAAGUCUGGGUGAA